UCUAUUCUCGUUUUUAUUGAACUGUAGGAAAACAAUGGAAACGGCUGAAGAAGUUGACUUUUUGAAUUCCGAGUUUAAAAAACUUUGUAAGGAACCGGCCGCACUAACACUAUCCGACUUGCCAAAUGAAUUGAUUUCCCAAGUUAUGAAAAAUCUGGAUCCACAAAACAGAUUAACCCUUCGCAAGGUAUCGAGAAAAUUGAAAGAUGGAAUUGACAUGUGUGGCUUCAAAAGUAUAACUCUUAACGGAUUUGAUGAUUACGUCAAGUUAGUCUUAGACGGAAAAUGCCUAGAGUAUACGGAUAUGUACGAAGGUUGUCUCGUAAAACACAAGAAUACCUUGAAGUUAAUUCGAGACACAACUAUUCUCCAACUGGUUUAUAGAAACUUGGUUACACUCCUCAAGUAUAAAAUCAAUACUUUCAAUCUUUCCUAUUGGUUUUUCAACAAUAAUCCAACGUUCCGCGAUACAGAACUUUCGAAACUUAUUGAAACUUUGAAGAAAGUGGAAAUCGUUAAAGCAAGAAAACUACGAUUGAACAGAUUAUCCACAAAGGAAAUUACUGCGGUGCUGCAAUUUUUCGAACCCCAACUUUUGGAAACUAUCCAAAUUGAACAUGCUGGGAAAGCUGACCAGUUUAAUGAAAUUGUGCAAUUACAACAGUGGAGAAGUGCAAACACAGUAACAGUUAGGUUUCUACACGACAAGCCAACUGUGCCGCUCGAGAAUUACUUCCAUUUCAAUGUUUUUCAAACAUUUGUUGUUGAUUUUUCUGUUGACGAUGCAAUAAAAAUUCGGGAUAUUCUCUUGAAAUCUCCCAACUUCAUAUUUUGCCACCUCGAUUUUCCACCGUACAGUUUAAACUUGAAUGAUAUUGCUAGAGUUUUUUGUCCGGGACAGGAUGCAACUGAUGAAGAGAACAUUUCAUUUAUUUACAAAUCGAAUGACUUCAAUUUUAAAAUCUGUAUGAAUCCAUGUUCUAUGAAAGUGGUAAAACUUUCCAAACCCACCAAACCAUAGUUGAAAAAAAAUUCUUGAGAUUUUCU